CGGGCGGACGGGCGGGAAGGAUGGUGGUUCUGUGGCCGGAGCGGCGGGUGAGGACCGGGAGCCGGGCUGAGGUUUGGCCGAAGCGACGUGCGCUCCGGAGCAGCCAGCGCGGUGCCGCGGAGGCAGCGUAAGGGAGGCAGGAGCGACUGACGGACGGACGGACGGAAGGCAACCCGAGCGCCGGCCCCGGGCCGUGCCGUGGGCGAGAUGCCGGGGCCACCGGCGUUGCUGCUGCUGCUGCUGCUGCUGCUGGCCGCCGGCGGUGCCCGGGCCGUGCCACUUCCGCAAACAGGUGCAGGGGAGUCACCUGCUGCCGAAGUUUCCUCAUCUUUUGUGAUCCUAUCUGUGUGCAGUUUCAUUAUAUUAAUCGUGUUAAUUGCAAAUUGUGUAUCCUGCUGUAAAGACCCAGAAAUUGACUUUAAGGAAUUUGAAGAUAAUUUUGAUGAUGAGAUAGAUUUCACACCACCAGCAGAAGAUACUCCCUCCGUUCAGUCCCCAGCGGAAGUGUUCACACUUUCAGUACCAGAUGUGUCACUGCCAGCUCCAUCCCAGUUCCAGCCUUCUGUAGAAGGUUUGAAGUCUCAAGUUGCCCGCCACAGUCUAAACUAUAUACAGGAAAUUGGAAAUGGCUGGUUUGGAAAGGUCCUCCUUGGAGAGAUUUACACGGGCACUAGUGUAGCAAGAGUAAUAGUGAAGGAGUUAAAAGCAAGUGCAAGCCCAAAGGAACAAGAUACUUUUUUGAAAAAUGGAGAACCAUACUAUGUUCUUCAGCAUCCGAACGUUCUUCAGUGUGUUGGGCAGUGUGUAGAAGCAAUCCCCUACCUUCUGGUGUUUGAGUUCUGUGACCUGGGCGAUCUGAAAGCGUACCUGCGCCACGAGCAGGAGCACCUUCGGGGGGACUCGCAGACCAUGCUGCUGCAGCGGAUGGCGUGUGAGAUCGCCUCGGGGCUGGCGGCCAUGCACAAGCUGCACUUCCUGCACAGCGACUUAGCCCUGCGGAAUUGUUUUCUUACCUCGGAUCUAAAUGUGAAAGUGGGAGACUACGGAAUAGGAUUCAGCAGGUACAAGGAGGAUUAUAUUGAAACAGAUGAUAAAAAAGUUUUCCCUCUGCGAUGGACUGCUCCAGAGUUAGUAACCAGCUUUCAAGACAGACUACUAACUGCAGAUCAAACUAAGUACAGUAACAUUUGGUCCCUGGGUGUGACACUUUGGGAACUUUUUGAUAAUGCUGCUCAGCCGUAUUCCAACCUUUCCAACUUAGAUGUUCUUAACCGGGUCAUUCGAGAGAGAGACACAAAACUCCCCAAGCCCCAGCUGGAGCAGCCUUAUUCUGACAGAUGGUAUGAGGUGUUGCAGUUCUGUUGGUCGCCACCAGACAAGAGACCGGCGGCCGAGGACGUGCACAGGCUGCUCACCUACCUGCGCAUGCAGAGCCAGAGGGACCCGGAGGUCGACUUCGAGCAGCAGUGGAACGCUCUGAAACCAAACCCGCACACCAGGGACACGUCCAACAGCGCCGCCUUCCCCAUCCUCGACCAUUUCUCCCGGGAUCGGCUUGGUCGUGAAAUGGAGGAAGUCCUCACCGUGACGGAAACCAGCCAGGGCCUGAGCUUUGAGUAUGUCUGGGAGGCGGCUAAGCACGACCACUUCGAUGAGCGCAGCCGGGGCCCCCCCGACGAGGCCUUGUCUUACACGAGCAUCUUCUUCCCCGUUGAAGUGUUUGAGAGUUCGCUUUCCGAUCCCGGGCCCGGGAAGCAGGACAGCAGUGGCCAGGACGUCCCUGCGAGAGCCCCGGGAGUGGUCCCCGUGUUCGAUGCCCACAACCUUUCUGUUGGCAGCGACUAUUACAUCCAAUUAGAAGAAAAAAGUGGUAGCAACUUGGAGCUCGAUUACCCCCCUGCACUGCUUACCACUGACCUGGAGGAUCCAGAGAGGACGCGUGACGAGGCGCCCCAGUUUCUGACCCUCCGGGGCCUUGAGUGUGAGGAGUCCAGUACAGAUGAGGAUUUCUUCCAAAGCAGCACAGACCCCACAGAUCCCAGCACCCCUGAGGACAUGCGUGCCACCCGGGGCCCCGAGAGCCCUUUCAACAAUAUUUUUAAUGAUCUUGACAAAUCGCAGGAUCUGCCCAGUCACCAAAAAAUGUUUGACCUAAUGGAGCUGAAUGGAGUUGAAGCCGACCUUCAGCCGGCCACUUCAAGUCCGAGUCUGGACGCCCCCAGAGACGCAGCAGUGACAGGCCGCCUUGAGAAAGGAGAGCCCCGCGAGCUUUUGGACUGUGAGCCUCUUCGCUUCUCGGACAACCUUGCGCACCGAGAUGGUUUUGAUCCACUGAAUGUGCAGGAGUUGUCAGCAAACUUUUUAUUUCUUCAAGAGAAAAACUUACUGAGAGACGCGUGGUGUAGCCAAGAACAUAUAAAUGACCUUCAAACAGAACUUAGAAAUGCUGGUUUUACGGAAACCAUGUUAGAGACUCCACGGAGGAACCCGUUAGAUGCUGAGUUCAUGUUUGCUGAGAACAAACCCGGCUUUUCUUCGUUGCAGGAAAACACAAGCGCGAAGGGUCAGGACACACGGGUUGUGCUCCGGGACCACGCUUCGAGCCCCGCGCUGCCGUCCUCCCCGGAAGUGCAGGUACCUCCUACCUCACUGGAAACGGAAGGAACGCCUCACAGCGCACCGACAGGGGUGUUCCCGAAGCAGGGAGAAACCACGCCCGGGCGUCCAGAUGUCAGUCUCCAUGACGACUGUCCUGGCCAAGGAGCAAAUGUAGAUUCUGUGCCUGUCCCGGUUGGAAUUCCCGCGGCCGACGCUGGGACAGACACGGGCCCUGCGCCCCACAGGCUGGCUCAGCGACGUGGAGAGGCCUCGGGACGGACCCAGAGUGACUCCGUGCUUGUGGAUGACAGUUUUGCCAGUGAAAUGAGUACGGAGAGCAGUCUCCCGGAACUGAGACAGAACCUGCAAAAUCAGCCACCUUCCGAAGACCCUCCCAGGCACCGGCCACUGGAGCACAGCCCGGGAGCCGGGGGCGCUUCGCAGCAGCUCGGUUGUCAAGAUGCUGCAAACGAGGGGGGCCUGGUGUCCGCCCUCUCCUCGGACUCUGCCAGUCAGGACAGCCUUUUGGAAGACAGCUUGUCCACGCCCCUCCCAACUUCGGAACAGUCGGUGGAGACCCCCGAUUCUCUGGACUCCGUGGACGUCCAUGAGGCUCUGUUGGGUUCUUUAGGAGGCGGGCAGGAGACACUCUUGCCCCCUGACAAGCCUGCAGACAGCGGGUACGAGACAGAGAACUUGGAGUCGCCUGAAUGGACUCUGCACCCUGCUCCCGACGGUGCCUCGGCCUCAGACGUGGCCAUAGCAGGCGACAGCGGUCAUGGCGAGUUGCCUCCCAACCCUGUCAUCGUCAUCUCAGACGCAGCCGAUGGCCACAGAAGUACCGAAGUGACCUCCCAGACCUUUGCAGCUGGCUCUCAGAGCUCAUACCGGGAUUCCGCUUACUUCUCGGAUAAUGAUUCCGAACCUGACAAGAAGUCGGAGGGGGUCCAAGGAGCCUCGGGGUCAGCCUUGGCAUUGGUAACGGGUCAGCCUCUGCCUGAGCCAGUCAUUCCCGAGCAGAGUCCCGGCACCACGGACAGUGGCCCGGAGACCAAAACCAGCCAGCCAGACCAAAGGUGUCUCUCUGCUUUGCCGAAUCCCCGGCUCCUGGAAUCGAGAGAAACGGCCCAGCCAGCACUGACGGACAUUUCCGGCGAGCUGCACGCUCCCCAGGACGAGGCUGGCAGUCCCUCGAGCGUGUUAAACUCGGAGCUGAGCAGCGGCGACGACUUCGAGGCCCAAGAAGAGCCCCCCUGCACCAUCGCCUCCACCGGGACGAACACCAACGAGCUCCUCGCGUUGGCCAGCCCCGCCCCCCGCUCCGGCAGCCCGGCGGACCCGACGGCCGAUCGGCCCUUCCCCGGCCACGGCCACGCCGAGGGCCCCAAGCUGAAGGAGCCGGACGUCGAAGGGAAGUACCUGGGCAAGCUGGGUGUGUCGGGGAUGCUCGACCUCUCCGAGGAUGGCAUGGAUGCGGACGAGGAAGAUGAGAACAGCGACGACUCAGACGAGGACCUGCGGGCGUUCAGCCUGCACAGCCUCAGCUCCGAGUCGGAGGACGAGGUCGAGCACCCUGUCCCCGUGAUCCUCAGCAGCGACGACGGGAGGGCCCUGCGGAGCCUGCUGAAACGCCCGGCGGCGGCGGCUGCUGCUGCUGAGCAGCGUCCGGAUGGCGGGAACAGAGAAAAGAAGGCAGUGACCUUUUUUGAUGACGUCACAGUCUAUCUGUUUGACCAGGAGACCCCAACCAAAGAGCUGGGACACUGCGGGGCAGAAGCGCGUGGCCCUGAGCGGAGCAGCCCGGCGCCGUCGUCAGGCUCCCCCUGCCUGAGCAGGUGCAUCAAUUCCGAGAGUUCCACCGACGAAGAAGGUGGAGGCUUUGAAUGGGAUGACGACUUCUCCCCAGACCCUUUUAUGUCAAAGACAACGAGUAACCUUCUUAGUUCCAAGCCGUCUCUGCAGACUUCCAAGUACUUUUCUCCGCCGCCGCCGCCCCGGAGCGCGGAGCAGAGCUGGCCCCAGACGGCGCCGUACUCCCGGUUCUCCAUCUCUCCCGCCAGCAUCGCCAGCUUUUCUCUCACACAUCUCACCGACUCGGACAUUGAGCCAGGAGGAAGCAGCGAAGAUGGAGAAAAGGACUAGGUGGAUGCAUGCUGACGCAUCUCAGGUUCCAGGCUGCUUCCCCGCGGCGGCGGCCUGUGCUGCCCACCGGACAACGCCAUCCACGCGACAGCUGCUGAGGCGGGACAGGGAGAGACUCAGGAGGCGGAGCGGGAGCCAGCCCUGGGCCCCGAGCCCGGUACCCACGGCAGGAAGCCUGUCUGGGGAGCCGGGGUCCUGUCCCGCGUGGUUUGCUGCCCCGGCAGCUGCGCGCCGGCAGCCACUCUCACCACUAAAGACACUCGGGCUCUGGUCUGCCGUGGGAGGGCUGGCGCUGCUCGGGUGCGUGGGGGCUCCCGGCUGUUUCUGGUUUCCGCGCGGGGUGCUCUCUGUCCACACCCCUGCCUCCGUCUGCGCACGGGGGCCCAGAGGGCGCGUGGUGGGCCUGGCACCGUGAGCCAUACUUAUUCUUGUAAGAAAUCACUAACUGCUUCUGUAAUUGCACUGUGGGUAAAUGUCCUAAGAGUCCCUGAUAUUGUACAGAACCUUAAGUUAUUCAAGGAAAACGAGGCAGGUCAAGCUGGUGCUCCCCACUGGUUUGAUGCUUUGGUUGUUUUAUAGUGUAUUUGCCCUGCAUGGUACUUGUGAAGCUUAAAUAUUUUGAGUGUGUGCAGUCCUUAGAGUUGUUGGAGUUGUACAGAUGGUCCUCUCUCGUAAACGAUAACCGAUUCCGAACGUGAGUGCUUCGUGUCCUCACAGGAGACGUUUCUGAUGGGUCCCGAGAGGCUGCUCCUUGGUCGGUCGCUCGGCUGGAACCCCUGCUGUCCCUUCUCGGCGCGGUGGUUUCCCUGAGGCGGAGGGGCUUCUCUGAGGAGCCGAGGGCCUUGCAGCCUCUCUGUGCGAUUCCCCACCCCCGCUUUUUAAACCCUUUUGGUAAACAUCAGCAGGUGGUACACCCCACAACUGAGUGCUGGUUAGACUGUGCGGCCCCUGGCCCUUCCCCCAGAGGCACCCCCCCGAGCUGCCACGCCAUCACUGGACACCUGCCGUGGCGUCCGUGUCCUUGAGCUCCUUCCGCAGGAGGCGGGGAGGCGGAGGGAGGAGCUGCUCCCGCAGGGCUCUGGACCCAGAGGGUUUGAUUCUGUUUGUAAAGGCUCAGCCUCUGGUGUGGAGCUCUUAACCCCAGAGCGGAAUUUUCCCCUCGGACCCCUCCGAGGCUUGUCCCGUCCCGUCCAGGCGCGGCUGGUGUCUGCAGCCGAGGAGAUGCCGUACAUGCCAUCCCGCCGCUGAGGAAGGAGGGACAAGGGACAGCGGCGAGGCCUCCGCAGCCAGCACGUCCUCCUGGUCGGACGCUGGGCAGCCCUGCCUGGCCGUUCACCCAGACGCCGCCCCGGGGCGCCCUGCACUGACCCUCCCGUCUGCAUUCAGCCCACGCCCUCCCCUUCCUGGAAAAGGACGAGUGUGUGCAGUGCGACCUCAUGCUGGCGGCCUCUGUGCAGCUCUGAGUCCUGCUCCGCCGCGGGGAGUGCCCAGGGGCUAGAGCGGCGCUGCGCUGGGGGGCUCGGCGGGUCCCACAGGCGCCCUCCCCGGGUGCUCUCGUGCCGAUGUGCUUUCCCGGCUCCAGCCGAGCCCGAGGCCGGCUCCAGGCCCCGGGGCACGGGGCGUCAGUCAGGAGCUCUGGCCGAGGGCAGGUGCAGAUGUGGGCUCUGGCUAGUUUCCGUAGGAAAUGUUGAUCCUUACUCCCAGUUCUGGUUCACUCCGCUGACUUUCUAUACUAGCAAUAACGUUCAGAGCAGAGACUUCCGCUGGAGAAGAGCCCUUUACCCCCCACUUGCUGUGAGCAUGGAUCACCACGGGGGCGGGGGGGCGGCCAGGGGCGCUACUGGGAACCGGACCCUGUGGUGUGCACUUUGAAAAGUUAACAGGGCAUUAGAAGGUGAUUUUGCCAAAGUUGCCAAACUCUGAGUUUCUUACUUAUGGAGACUUCCUGAGCUUUCUGAAUUUUUACAUCUAACUACCAGCUUGGUUGAGUGAGAAAUAAGACCAUUAUACUAGUUUUUUCAAAGUAUAGGUUUAAGGGGUUCAGACUUAAUGACUAAAACCAAGCCAAUCCAUAGAAUAUAUAGUCUUAUACAGUCAGCCCAGGCUAAAUCUGAUAUUUUUGGGUUGACCAUUUUUCACUAUGAUUAAGGAGAUUUUAACAACAUAAUUCCCAUUUUAAUUUAUUUUAAGUCUGUGUCGCUCUCAUAAUUAAUUGCCAAAAAGGCAUUUUAUACAUUGAGUUGGGGGGAGGGGUUGGAAUAGAUCUUACUGUGGGGUUGCAUGGUGGGAAUAUUUUAUAUUUAUAAUGAACACGUGUGUGAACAUGUUCUUCUGAAAUCUCAAGCAAUACGCAGGAAAUAAAUCAUGUACACUAAACUUUAAACUUUUCAGCCCACUUCUGAAAUGUCAGCGUGUGCUUUGUUGCAUUUUUUUUUUUUUUAACUCGGUUGUAUACCAGUAGUGGGUUUUCAGGCAGCACUUGCUCUAGUACGUUAUGCAGUGAACAAAUCAGUGAUUCUCUAGGGAAGGCGGGUGAGGUGUGAAACACUGGCUCACAGCCUUUCCUGGCCUCCCUUGGAAUUGAUCAGGUUUCAAUUCAAUUAGUCCUCCUUUGGUGGAGUUUAAUCCCGUGGUACAAACAACCUAACCUUCGUUUCCUUCCUAGCUAGAUGUUCCGUGGGUUAUCAGUGACUGUUGUAAGUCAGAAAGAAUGUAGGAAAAGUGCUCCCGAGUCCUUCUGAGACAUGGACUGUGGUCUGGGAGGCAGCCAUUCAUCUUAAGGGUGAAGCAGCUCAGCAGCGCUGCAUUGGAAAUCAUUCUAUUUUUAAAUGUACGGGCGGUGGUUUCUAUAGAGAUGGGUUCAUCUAAGACAAGUCUUUGUCUGUCUUGCUGCCAUGAAACACCUUUAAAAGCCUCUUAGUAUUAUGUUCAUAGGGUGUGUGUAGGGUUAAUGACUUAACUUGCCGCAUGUUUGCCCUGAGGGCCCAGGUGUGGGAUGCUGCUCCUGGCUUAACUUGACUCAGCUGGUCAUCUGAAAAUUCCAGAAGCGGACCGGGUCAGGGGCUGCAAGACAGGAGCCUUCUGAGAAGUAGCCUUAGAGGAAGAAUGCUGUAGUUCUUCAGACCUGAAUCUCAAACACAAUCUUCCUAGGUUGUGACGGGGUUGGCUCAAGUUUUGACUAUUAAAAAGAAAGUCCUCUCUAAUGUACAAAUAAAUCCUUAAAGAUGUGUUGUCAGUAUUGAACCACCAGCAGCCGUUGUUUGAAUGGCUGACCGUGUCUGUGGCCUCAGUGGGCCUGCGCCUCCACUGUCCAGUUCCGUCCGCAGAGGAGGACCCGAGGGGCAGGCACACCUGUGCGGCUUCCCUGUGGUACUGCAACACAGUCGUCAGAGUAUCUUCACGGCAGUGUAACAGUGAAGGAACUUUCAGUUUAAAUUGUGUACAUUUUUAAAUUGUAAGAUUUCUACUGUAUAUUGAUGCAUAGUGUGAUUCAAUAAAUUGCUUGUAAUUUAAAAACUAUUUAAUAUUCAAAAUAAAUAUAGUUAUAUAUUUAUAAA